CACUCAGCCAGGGCACUCAAGUUUGAUCUGAGAGAGGUAGAGGAGGAAGUAGUAAGGUGUUUCGGUGAGGAAUGCGAGCUUUGACUAGUCUUUUAGUUUAAAUGUCUAGAAAAUAAAUUCUAUUAUCACAGUGGUAAUUUGAUUUUAAUUUUCUUCUUAAAACAGCAUGCAAAGGGCAGUAUGGACACUCCAAGCAAAAAUGUUGAAAACCAAAGAGUAAAUGAUGAUAGUGCUGUACAAAGCCAAACAGACCAAUGUGUGAACCAAACGUCUACCAUUCAAAAUGAGGAAGAAAUAAAAUUGGAAACAACAUGUGAUUCCACGGCAGCUGUUGCUACAUCAGAGACCAUCGAAAAACCCCCUGAGGAACCUUCCCCAGAGCUUGGGGAUUUUAUUGUUGGAGAUAAAAUGGAUGUUAAACCAUCUGUGAUUGCCAAUGAUGCAGAAUCGACAACGGAACCUUUGAAGACUCAGGGUACCGGUACGCCAGAAUCAGACAUUCCCCAAACCGACAAUAAACCAAGAACAAGAGAUGGUUCUGAGUCAUCCCAAACUCCCCCGGCCAACAAAAUCGCAAGGUUAACUCCACGGGCAACUCGAUCGAGCCAGAACCCAGAUUUUGCAGCCAAACAACGGAAGUUCUUAGACAGAGUUCACGAUCCUAUAAAAAAUAAUAAUAGUGACAGUGAGAACUCUCAGAGCUCACCCGCAGUGAUGAAAGGAAACAAGGAAAACAAACCAAGGUCUGCAGAACGUAAGACUCCUGUACAAUCAGACUCUAAAAAAAAACCUGAUAAAGAAUCAACUCCUAAAAGACCAGCUGAUUCGGAUGAUGAAAGUUCUCCAAAAAGGAAGAAAACAAAAGAGCCAACGAAGGUGGUAGACGGAGUGGACAGUUACUGCUGGAAAUGCCACAGGGACGGGAUAGUGGUCCGGUGCGAUUGUCCGCAGUGUCCAAGGGUGUACCAUGUCAAGUGUGUGCAGCUAGACAAACCCCCGGAACACCCUUGGAUGUGCCCUGAGUGUAGUCAGGUCAAUCAAGCAGAGGAUACAGAUACCAGAUCAAGAGCCAUGCGUAUGCUUUCGUUGGAGCAGCUGUGCACACUUCUACGGUUUGCUCUUAAUCGGAUGAAAAGUUAUGAAGGGGCUGAAGAUUUUGCCAAGCCCGUUGACCUUGUGCAGUUCCCCCACUACAGGGACUACAUAGUGAGACCUAUGGACCUGUCACAGCUAGAGCGCAACCUGAAGGCGCGCCAGUACGGCAGUACCGAGGCCUUUCUCGCUGACACUAAGUGGAUCGUCCACAACUCUAUCAUCUUCAACUCUGUCCAGUCAAAGUUUACCAACACCGCACGUGCUCUGGUCAAGCUAUGCCGGCAGGAGAUGCAGCACAUAGAGAACUGUCCUGACUGCUACCUGAACUCACACACUCGCUCGUCCGACUCUUGGUUCACCGAGGCUUGUCGGAGGCCUCACAUCCUAGUGUGGGCAAAACUGAAAGGUUUCCCGUUCUGGCCAGCGAAGGUGAUGUCGGUAAACACUGGAAACGCUAACAAUCAAGUGGAUGUUCGUUUCUUUGGCGCUCACGACAGGGCGUGGAUUCCUCUGAAUCAGUGUUACCUGUACAGCAAACUUUCCCCGACACCGACAACUAACAACAAGAACAAACGGACCCUUGAGGAAUGUCUGAAGGAGUUGGAAUACCACAUCAAGAAGUUGCGAGACAAGUUCGGCCAGUUUGAGUACGCUCCGUACAAGACUCCCUACGACCCCAAUAAUGAAGACGAGCAGUUGCUUAUGAUGCUCCCACAGUUCGAGACCAAAUCAGCAGGAAAGAGAAUCCGACUUUCACUCCAUCAGGAUGGUGCUAGAAAAUCCCUUGGGCGACGAACAUCGUUCCCGAAAAACUCACCCUCAGUAGCGGAACAGACUCCUGUAGUCAACGAUACUGGAACUCUGGCCGAGUCAUCUGACAUGGUGGCUGUAACUAAGGCGAAGGGCGGAAAUGUUGCUGAAAAAACCCCCUCUAGAAUUGCGCCCCUCAAAUCCGAGAAACUAAAUUCGGAACAGACUCCGGUUAGCAAAGGAAAUACAACUCCAAUGUUGAAGAAGAAAACGCCGCUCACUGCUGGGGCCAAGAAAUGUUUCGCAACGGACAAUAUCUGCGUCAAAUGCAAUUCCCGAACUACUGCAGUCAAUGAAGCUUCGCUGUGCUCCGUUUGUGCAAAGGUCGAUGACAAACCAGAAGUGCAUGAGGGGAAACAGUGUAGCGGAUGUGGUACUACUAUUACCAUGACGUGGAUGACCAAUGCGGUUGGCGACAAUGUCUGUAGCUCGUGCGGCUACGCCGAGCUCUAUAAGAUUGAUGAGAAAAUCGGUGACCCCAACUCUACAGUAAGGGGAGUUGUGACAGUACAACGUAAACGGCUGACAAUGGGCGAAGGAGACCAGCUUGAAGAGGUGACGGAUCCACUAGCUAUUCCUGAGAACAAUGUUGCGGAGAAAGACAGCAGCCAACCAGAGGUGGAGCAGACGACGGAAACUUGCGUGGCAGGACCUGGCAUGACGGAAACUGGCGUGACAGAAACUGCGUCAGAAACUAAUGUGGAAACUGGGCUAAACGAGUCCCCACCAAAGUUUGUGAUCCAAAAAAGCCAAAACAUUGACCCACUCAAGCCCACAAAGAAAACAAUUGUUGACAACCUACAGAAGAAACUGUGCUUUACUGUGGUUGAAGCUUUGAAAAAUCAGUUAACGCCUGAGGAAAUUGCGGCUAUAGAAGCAGACAAGGAGGUGGACUCAUCUCCAGAGAAAGUUACUGAGAUUCCGCAACAAGAACAGCUGACACAGCAGACAUCGGUGGUGUUGCAUGAUCUCAAGAAUGACAAAGAGGUUAUGGACAAGCUACGCGAGACUGAAGCUAAGAAAGACACAAGUAAAACUGAUGAAUCCCACUCGAUAAUAGAAGGCGGUAGUGAGGCAGACACUGAUGUGAGCAGUUGUGGUGAUUCAGACAUAGUCACUGAUGGCAAAAAGGGGAAAAAGAAUUUAAACAAAGUUGUUCAAAAUUUGAAGGAGAGAAAAAGUAGUGUGGAUGAAAGAAGCGAUCAGAGCAAGAAAGCAAAAGAAUCUAAUGCAGUCAUGUUAGACGAUUCUAUAGAAGAAUCACCUGUUUUGAUCAUUGACGAAGGCGAGUCGAGCGACAGUAAAAAAUCCACAAAAAGUGAUAAGAACAGACGUAAAGGAAUUCCGGCUAAAGUGCACAGUAGAUCUAGUACUUCAACAGAGUCUGAGGAUAAUCGGCCAUCCAAGAGAAGAGCAGAGGUGCUGGAUGAGGCGAGCGGGCAUUUCCGACGCUUGUCUAGUGACAAAGACCGUCCUGUGACAAUCACGGUGGUGACGGAAGGUGACUCGUCACAGAAGAAAGCUAAGGAGAUCAGAAGUGUGAAUAUCUCCAAGAGCCUCAGCCUGAGUGUCAUCAAGGACUCGGCAGCCGCUGCUGUAGAGAAGUCUGCUGAGACUGAUUCAGACGACUUGAUGAUUGUAGACACUGUGACCAAGUUCCCACUGAGACCCACGGCUCGCAAGACACUACCCAACCCUCCUCGGCUGGCGAGUGUGAUCAGUAGACCUGCGUCAGUUCCCCCGCCUGUAGUCACCCAGCCCCCGCCGUUAGUGAGUCUGAAGCAGAAGAAACCUGUGGUAAUCCCUGUCCCCGCAGCUACCCCUCGGGGGACUGUGAAACCUUCCCCCCGUGCUGAGGUGGGGCCUGCACACGCAAAACUAGAAGAGGUCGUUCAGAAGGUUGUCACCUUCGUGAGGACCACAUUUGAAGAGAUGCUGAAGGCUUCAGACCCAAACUCUGAUGCUCUAGAGGCGAUGAAACAAUCUCAACAACUGGAGAUUGAGAAACUUAGGUGGCAGCACAAGCAGGAGAUCAACGAGCUCAAACACAACACAGAUCUCGUUGUGAUGGAGAUGCGAUCCAACAUGGAGGCAGACAAACAGCGAUCCCUCAUUGAUCUCAAACACAAGAUGGAGAUUGAGAAGGAACACGCUGUGGUGGAGACUAAACGCAAACAGUGGUGUUCGACUUGUCAGAAAGAGGCGCAACUGUAUUGCUGUUGGAACACGGCAUACUGUAGCUACGAUUGUCAGCAAGAACACUGGAUCCCGCACAUGAAAGAAUGUCGUAACAAACAACAUGACCCAGAGGAGAGGUCAGCCGCGGCCGCGGCUGCGGUCAGUCCGCACCGGCUGAACUUCCAUCAAGUAGAUCAAAUGCAUGCGCUUGACCCGGUGAAAGACACAACUACGGUGGUGGUGGUAAAGAGGCGCAAGCGUUGUGGAAAUUGUGUUGGCUGCAUUGCCGAACCUUGUGGAAAGUGUUACCCCUGCAACAACCCGAACGUUCACUCCGUCUGUGUUCAACGAAAGUGUUCAGAACUCAGGCAGCGAAGUCGACAGAGGAUUAGAGGUCCACAUCAGAUGAUGCCUCCCCCGGCUACUGUGCCGCCGUAUCGUCCCCACAUGUUCCCAGGCAUACCACAAGUACCACCACCUCGACCAAUCUUCCACAAUCAACGGCCGCCUCAACCACCUCCAGGUUUUUACCCUCCAAGAAGCUUCUGCCCUCAAUGCCCAUAAGAACAUGAUCUACAGACUCAGAUCAAGAACUAAAAUGGUGUCAACACCAAGAUAACAUCAUGGUGCAAUUUACAACGGUAUCUUAAACUUAAAGAUACAAAAUUGAAUCUCAACACUGCUCAACAACCAACGAACAAAUUAGUAUGAACAAGAAUUAGGUUGCCUUGUUUGCCAUAGAUCUGUAGAGGAAAGGCUAUUAAUAUUGAAUAUUUUGUAACACCUUUUGGGAAACUUGUGAGUCAAAAUACGAGAAACCUGAAUUAGUUAAACCCUUAUCUUAACCUCAUUAUUUAUGUUAAAGUGUAUAGUAUAUUUAUUUUCAACUUUUAUUUAGAAUUUACUAUUUUUAACCCCUCAAAGGCAGCUUAUUUUAGAAUUUGGGAAUACCCACAUGCCAAAUUGACCGUUUCCCUUUAGGUGUUGAAUAUAAAGUGAUCAAUGAAUUUGUCUAACUUGAUGUUCCUUUUGUACUGUACUCACGUAUUACUUAAGCUAAGAUUGUAUUUAGAAUUUAUUAUUUUAUUUAUUUUUAUACUUUAAUAGUUACUUCAAGUAGUACUUAGUAGGUUCCAUUAUAGUUUUCAAGUAUUAUUUUUCAUUACCUAGCUUGUAAGAGUAUUUUUCUACAUGUUUGGGAAAAUUAGCUUUUAAGAAAGGCUAUUUUAAAAUGGUCUGUGAUAACUAAAAAAACUUCUGGCAAAAAAACAAUUGUUAUGAACACUAUAUGAUUACAAAAUUUAGUUUGUAUAACAAAAUGCUAAGUUGUGUUAUAUAAUACUAAGUAGUCUUAAUACUAAUUAAUUGACAAUAUACAAGGUUUAAUCACAUGCUUAAUGUUUUGCAACAACUGUUUUUUAGUUUCCUAACAUAUUUAGUUUUAAAUCUCUCAGUUUAAGUUUGCAUUCUGUAUACUAAGUAUCAUGGUUUCUAAACGUAUGAGGGCUAUUCAGAAAGUAAGGAAUGUCAAAAUUGUGAAAAAACGUGCAAAGCGAGGUUGUUCCCGUUGUCACGGCUGAACGCCGACUGAGUUGCCGAGUGCACACGCACCAAAAUGUAUGAGAUCAGCGCCCCUAGCGGCGUCAGAACGAAACGUUCCUUACUUUCCGAAUAGCCCUAGUAGAUUCUUAUUUUUAUUUUUAACAAGUUUUGACAACGUUUUGUUAAAAAGUUAUUUUGCUUCUAUUACAACUAAGUUGAGGACAUGUUUUUAUGUUAUGAAAACUUGUUUAUUUUAUUGACAUUAUAGUACUAAGCAAUUACAUAGUAUUAAUAAUGUUAACAUUUUGUUGUAUGUUCCUCUAUAUUUUGUGUGGCUACUACCAGUUCCAGUGUUAAAAUCAUUAAGCAGUUAAAUUCAACGUGUGUUUGCAGUAGCGGUAUGGAUCAGGUAUAGAUUAUUUUGGAUUUCCAAUCAUUCAAGUGAACUUAUGUUUAUUUUUUGAAAGUUAAUGAAAAUGUUCAACAAUAGUAUUGAAGUGUACAGAUUGUUGUCAAAGUAUCUAAAUUUGUUAAUUGCUGUAUUUUUCUAUGGAUGUUUCUAUUUAAAGUGUGCAUUGUUGCUAAAAUAGCUACAUAAAUAAUAUUUUCUGUGUAAAGUAACCUAUUAGGUUAUACUUUGUUGUAUGUAUACUAUCUUGUGAGCAGUUUUGUUGUUUUGUUGUUUCAAGCAAGGUUUUAUUGAGUUUCACUAGUUUUUCUUGUACCUUUUAUUUCCAAAUUUAUUCAUCCACGUUAGUAAUCAAUAGUAAACGAACAUGUAACUCGAUUUAACUCUAUACUUUGGCUUUUCAUCCCUAUUUUCAUUAAAGGUUGAUGUUAAAUUCUAUUUGAAAAAUUACUUGUUACUCGUAAGCUUUAAAAUGUAUCUAAUAUCGCUAAGAUUGUGUAUGUAAUUUUAGUCAGUAUACAGUCAGCUAUUUAAGCAGCAAUAAGAAUUUAUUUUGUUUUUUAAAAGUUUUAGUUUGUUUAAUCGUACGAUAUUUGCUUCACCAGCACUUUUUCUUGAUAUAAACUAGGGUUUUCCGUCUUGUAGUAUUGUGAGAUGCUCUAUUAUAAAGUGAGAGUUUGUGUAAGCCACAAACACCUGUGUGCAAAAUGUUAUGUCCAAACUGAACCACUAUUAUAACAUUUACGUGGUUUAUUCAAACAUCAGGGGUAACUAUGCAGCUGGUUUAUUUGUUCAUGUAGCUUGGCAACAUUGUGCAUACAGCAUGGUUACAUGCUAACAAGUCGUGACCUGUCUUUUUACAUGCUCACUUGCUAAUCCCAUUGUUAAAAAUGAGCAAAAUGUUAACGGAGAAAAUCUAUAAAUCUCACUUUCCCGUAAGAUAGAAUGAUUGUUUUAUUAUUAAAAUAUGUUUUGUUUGAUGAUUAUCACAGUGUUUAUACCUAGAAUAAUGCCAGUGUUUUGUUCACAUAUGUUGCAUUUGUGUUAGUAAAAGUAUUAUUUUUUUGAAUUUGUUAUCUUAAAAUAGUUUCCUAAUUUUAGAGUUGUUUUCCAUUAAUGCGAUACUCACAAAGACCAGUAAAAAAAAAUGAUAAUUAUGAUUGUCAUGACAUGUUUUUGUACUAAAAGUGCUAUUUUUAUGUUUGAAAUAAAAGUUAACCAUUUGGGAACAC